UGAUCUGACUCACCUAAAAAGUGGAAUGUUCAUACAAACGUAGAGAAAGAUUUCACUAAAGAAUUUCACUCAUAGUUAGACCAAAAGAACAAUUACUGUUCACGGACGUUCACUUUCCAAUCCACAAGGUGGCGGUGUUGUGCCUGAUAGAGGUUCAGUUCUGUGGAUAUUUACAGCUGUUCACGCACUUAGUCUGCUACUCUAGUAGAUUAGACUCAGCUGACACUUGCUUUUCCUGGACCUCACUUUAACCAGCUACACUUAUUAUAUUUCCUGAUCUAAUCCAAGGAGAAAGACUCAUCACGUCGAAAAUGGCAACUUCAGUGAAACUCUACACCGGAGCAGAAAUGCCUCUUGUGGGUCUCGGUACAUGGAAGUCUAAGCCAGGUGAAGUGACUGAAGCUGUGAAAGCCGCCAUCGCUGCAGGCUACAGACACAUCGAUGGAGCGUUUGUCUACAAAAACGAGAAGGAGGUCGGAGAGGGCAUCCAGACCAUGAUUAAAGAGGGCGUGGUGAAGAGGGAGGAGCUGUUUGUCGUCAGCAAGCUUUGGAGCACCUUUCACCAGAAGUCAGCCGUAAAAGGGGCGUGUCAGAAGACUUUAAGUGACCUGCAGCUGGAUUACCUGGAUCUGUAUCUGGUCCACAUGCCAGUGGGCUUAAAGCCUGGACCAGAAGAUUUCCCGUUGGACAGUGAAGGUUUUGUCAUCAGUGAUGACACCAAUUUCCUGGAGACCUGGGAGGGAAUGGAAGAGUUGGUGGACGCAGGGCUGGUGAAGGCCAUCGGCAUCUCCAACUUCAACCGAGAGCAGAUUGAAGCCAUUCUGAAUAAACCAGGCCUCAAAUAUAAACCUGCCAACAACCAGAUCGAGUGCCACCCGUACCUGACGCAGGACAAACUGAUCGCCUUCUGUCAGUCGAAGGGGAUUACAGUGACCGCGUACAGCCCUCUGGGUUCCCCUGAUAGACCAUGGGCUAAACCAGAUGACCCAUCAUUGUUGGAGGAACCGAAGAUCAAGGCCAUUGCUGAGAAGCACAAGAAGACCACCGCUCAGGUCCUGCUCCGCUUCAGCAUCCAGAGGAAAGUCAUUGUGAUCCCGAAGUCUGUUACUCCGUCCCGCAUCAGGGAGAACUUCCAGGUGUUUGACUUUGAACUGAGUGACGAUGAAAUGAAGACCAUUUUAAGCUACAACAGGAACUACAGGGUUUGUCCCAUGCAGUGGAGUCUGAAGCACAGAGAUUAUCCGUUUAAUGCUGAGUACUGAAAGUGAAGAACGUCACAAAAACCGCGGGGUCGAUAUACACUUUUCUUUCUUAAAUACUAAAGCUGUGAUUAACUUCAAUACACACCUUCACCGUGGUGAUAAGACGACGCAGUGUGAUUGUUAAAUGCUUACUUAUCUUCAACGUAAAAGUUCUCUAAUCUUUUAAACUGGGCUAAAACAGCAUUAACCUUAACCUUUAGUGCUUUUGUUGCUUUGAAUCUCAAAGAUUGAAAAUAAGAAGACAUCAUACAAUCUAGACUAAUAUACUGUAUAUCCAGUAUCCACUUUUGGCAUAUUAGUGGCCCGUAAAAACAUAUCCUGAAAGCACUUAUUUUUAAAUCUGCCAUAAUUUUUUUUUCCUUUUUAUGUCCCAUAAUUAUUAUUAAGUUCACUUCUGAUCUGCACAAAAAUUUUUGUGAAAGAAAUUCAGUAGAAAAGGAUAAAUGAUUUUUGAUAUAGAUCAAAUCAAAUGAAACAUAAAGGAAGUGUAAUUAAUUGAUGGCACUGCCCCAGACAAAAUAACCUGAAGCAUCGUUCCACAUUUCACUUUAUUUUUAACCAAGCGCUUGUAUGUUAAGAGUAAUCUUAAUGCACAUUUCUGAGAAUGAUGUAUGUGAAGUCUGUUUUUGGAGGAACAGAUUAGAAAGUUGUCAGUCGUACUCAUGUCUGAAAUUACUUUUAUUAUUGACUCCUUAUUGUUCUCAAAAUAUUUAUGUGAUUUGGUUUGUCUCAACACUCCAUGUUUCAGAUUUAAUCUGAUUUCAUUCUACCUGGCUACUUUUUAGGCUUUUGGAUUGAUGAAACAUCCAAAAUAAAGUUGAAGCUUCAAUCAUG